AUGAAAGGUGUACGUUACUUUUACGUUGGUUAUGUAAGGAAGGUACGGCUAGAGACAAGCUUGCCGAGCACUUUCGUGUCGUGGGUCGGUCUCCGCUUUUGGUUUGACUAUUCAAUUUUUGGAUGGCUUGGGACAGUCCGACGACUAAAAGAUCGUUGCCAGAUCCGAGGUACCGGAAAGCCGCCCGCAUCGCUCUCACUUGGAUGUGGAACACAAAAUAGAUUGAAAUACGAUAUCAUGGUGAGUCCUUCCGGGCGGUCUGGUUUUUCCUUUGGCGAAUCGCCCCCAAACGAUAGCCCGUUUGAAAGGAAAUCAGAAUCCUACCGCGACACUUCAACAACGGGUCAGAAUGCGCUGGUUCUGGGGAAUACGAACGGGUCGAACAACGAUGAAAAUUGGAAUCCAUUGACACGUGACAGUCAUGGUUUACGUCGGCGGAAGCAGAACGAGAUUCCCCUCUCUAGAAAGUCCGUUGUUCCACCGCCACGAUCUAGUUACAGUCUAGGAGGUAGCGGGAUGGAUCUGGUACCAGUGGAACCACGAAAAGAGUAUUCGUCGUUCGGAGGCUCCCCAUCUACCGCAUCAAAGCCGGAUUAUCUGCCAUCCGACCUCACUUCCCCGACACAGGGGCAGAUGGUGGUAUCGUCGUCAAAUUCUUGGACCAACGCGGCACCCCACGGCGCUCCGGAGGACGACCAUGGCGGUUGGGUUUUGGUGUACGGGUACAGUACCGCGGCACAAUACGACGAGAUUUUGCGCGUGUUUGGACAGUUUGGUGUGAUGGUGCAACACAAGGGAUCCUGCGCGCCCGGUCGAACGAACUGGGUCGCGGUUCAGUACGCCAGUCGAUUGGAAGCCGAAAAAGCCUUGUGCCAUCAACAUCUGCCGCUGGCCGACGGCGUCUUUUGUGGCGUGAAGAAACUAGACGGGAACGACCCAAUCUUGUUACAUACGGCGGAUACCGCCUUGUCCACAUUGUGGAGUCGGAAUAGCGGAGUACCCGAGUCGAAGGGAACCUCAUCCAACGCGAGGGUUGGAAUAUUAGAAGAAAAGGACGUACUCUUGGAGACUGACAGAGAACAGGGCGAUGGCAAUCUACCACCACGCACAAUUGGCAUCUGCGAACGGUUCGCUCGAUGGGUGCUGGCUAUUGAAGACUAAACGGAUACGGUGCGUUCGAUUGCACAUACAAGUUAAUCAAGUAAGUUAACGAUCGCCAUAGAUAAUCCUAACGAGAGCCUUCCCCCAACUG